UUCCUCUUCCGACCUGAAGGGGGCGGCGCUCGGAGCGCUGCUCCGCUGAGAGGCGAGAAAUAGCUGCGUGAACUAAAACGGAAGCACUUCAUUGGUCCGCGAGGCCAGGAGCACGUCGCGAGCUAAACAAUCAAGAUGGCUCACAGGCUGCUGGUGCGUAGAAUCUGGACGUUCUCCGUGAAAGAUAUUCGCCGCCUCCCCCCGACAUCCACCACCGCCGCCACCACCACAGCGUCGUCUUCUUUUUCCACCUCCCUUCAGUCGGCCACGACCCGGGUCUCCUUCCUCUCCCCCUCACGCACUUUGCCUCGCGCCCUCCCUCACACGUCCCGCCGGGAAGUCUCCUUCAACGUUCAGGACAACGAGGACUUCACAGAACGGGUCAUCAACAGCGAGCUGCCCGUGCUAAUCGACUUCCAUGCCCAGUGGUGCGGUCCUUGCAAGAUCCUCGGGCCGAGGCUGGAGAAGGCCGUAGCGAAACAGAAAGGCCGCGUCGCCAUGGCGAAAGUCGACAUAGAUGACCACACAGAUCUGGCAAUCGAAUACGGGGUGUCCGCUGUUCCGACCGUCAUCGCCAUGCGGGGGGGCGACGUCGUCGACCAUUUUGUGGGGAUAAAAAACGACGACGAGUUGGACAGUUUCGUCAGCAAAAUCAUUGGGCAGUAAACCAGCUGUCCACAUACACUCAUCCACCACUGAGCUGCUGUGCUCUUUGAAUCUGACACCAUCUGCAGCACUUGGGCUAAUUCUAAGCCGGUUUUGCUUGAUAAACAAAAAAUCUUGCCACAAUCUCAGCUGGCAAGCUUCCAAACA